CAAUGCACUUGUCUUUCCGUGCGGCUCUCAAACGCAACUCAGGCAUUCCGGUCAUCCAGCGCCCGAGCAGAGGCACAUCGAGUCCUUACCGGAGACGGGAAUCGCGGGGUAAUCAAGAAGGCAGGCGGUAAAUAACGAUGGAACCGUAAAAAUAAAUACGGAAGGGGGAACAGGCUGGCUGUCACUGCAGAGUGAUAGAGAGACACGGAGAAAGACGAGGAGAGAGGAGUCUGCCUCCAUGUCUGCUCCUGUCCCUUCCAGUCGGAGAUCUGCGUCUGGCUCACGCAGAUUCAACCCUCUGAAUCCUCUGCAGCCCAAACGCCGCUUGCAGCAAACGCUGUCGUCGUCCUCCUCGCCCGUACCCGUACCCCUACCCACGCGCCCUGCACGGACAGCUGCCCCAGUCAGCAACAGAGAUCCCCAUGGCAAUGCCUCUCUCAGCAGCAGCAGCACUAACUCUGGCUCCUGCAAGGGCAGUGACUGCAGCCCCACCAAGGGGCGUCAUAUGAAGGCAUACACCUCGUGUAAAGAUAACCAUGGCAUCCGCCCCCCUCCCCCAGAGCAGUACCUCACACCCCUGCAGCAGAAAGAGGUGUGUAUCAGACACCUGCGGGCCCGCCUCAAGGAAACUGUCGACAGGCUGCAGGACAGGGACUCUGAGAUCGAUGAGUUGAGGACCCAGUUGUCUCGUAUGCAGGAGGACUGGGUUGAAGAGGAGUGUCACCGCGUGGAGGCCCAGCUGGCUCUGAAGGAAGCACGCAGGGAGAUCCAGCAGCUCAAGGAAGUGGUGGACGUGGUGCGCACCAACCUCAGCUCCAGCGACUCCACCGACACCGGCGUCCAGAAAUACUUCCAGGACAUCAACGUCCAGAACCACAAGCUGGAGACCCUGCUGCUCAGCAUGGAGCUGGCUCAGAACGGGGUGGCCAAGGAGCAGGAGGCUGCUGCUGCAGCACGAGGAGCGGCAGGGUGGGCUGGGAGGCCUGGGACUGCUGGGUCAUGGCCUGGAAGUAGUCCCGCUGCAUCAGGGACUGGAUGGGGUGGUUCCAAGAGUCUGUGUGGGUCUUGUGACGGCUCCCCCGCCCGCUCUCUGCCCCGUAGCUUCACCUACACCAAGCUGAGCGACCAUGCGCUGGCGGAUAAGAACGGGAACAGCGUUUUAGGGGAGGAGAACCAUGACAGUGGCUUUGUGUGCUGUGGGGAGAGUCGCAGUGCAGCCGGCAGUCAUAGUCACAGUCGCAGUGCAGCCAGCAGUCACAGGGCAGAUCUGCUUCUGGAGGCAGCCUUCCUGUCUGAGGAGACAGCCUCUCUGCUCAGCACCUACUCCCUCCUGCCACACUUCUCCAACUACGACAAGCUGUGCCCCGGGAAGGACAGGGUGGCGCCCCUUCGCUGUGCCAUGGGUGAGGCGGGCAGCGCCAGCCACCCCUGUCUGUCCCACCAUCUUUACCUGCACCACCCCAGGGAGCAGGCCGUCCAGACAGAGAGCUGCCCUGUCCCCGGGGGGGUGGGCUACGCCUCUGACCUGGACACCAUUGCAGAGCGCACAUUCCGCUCUCAGGCCUGCAGCCCCACCUCCACCUGGGUCUCAGACGAGGGAGACGACCUGGAUUCGGUUACCCCAACAACCCUCACAGCUACAACAGAGCCCGGUCCUGGCCCUCCGUUACCCAGCUCUUCCUGCCUCUCAGUUGAUAUGCCCUCCCUCUCAGUGGAGGAGGAUGGGGAGGCGGUGGGGGAGUUGGAGAGGCAGACAGCGGUAGUGGGGGAGAGUGCCGGGGUGAUGGUAGAGGCAGGCAAGCAGGAGGAGGAUGGGCGAUUGGUACAAUUGUGUGAGCAUGAGGAGGUAAAGAGCCUGGGGUUGCUGGGAGAAGGAAAGCAGGAGGAGGUAAAGGGCCUGGGGUUGCUGGGGGAAGGAAAGCAGGAGGAGGUAAAGGGCAUGGGGUUGCUGGGGGAAGGAAAGCAGGAGGAGGUAAAGGGCCUGGGGUUGCUGGGGGAAGGAAAGCAGGAGGAGGUAAAGGGCCUGGGGUUGCUGGGAGAAGGAAAGCAGGAGGAGGUAAAAGGCCUGGGGUUGCUGGGGGAAGGAAAGCAGGAGGAGGUAAAGGGCCUGGGGUUGCUAGGAGAAGGAAAGCAGGAGGAGGUAAAAGGCCUGGGGUUGCUGGGGGAAGGAAAGCAGGAGGAGGUAAAGGGCCUGGGGUUGCUGGGAGAAGGAAAGCAGGAGGAGGUAAAGGGCCUGGGGUUGCUGGGGGAAGGAAAGCAGGAGGAGGUAAAGGGCCUGGGGUUGCUGGGGGAAGGAAAGCAGGAGGAGGUAAAGGAGUUAGAUGUAGAUAGUCAGAGGGAGGAAGUGGAGGUGAGGAAUCAGGGAGAGUUGGAGGAGGUGUGGUCAGUGGAGGAGGUGUGGUUGGUGGAGGAGGUGAGGUCAGGGGAGGUGAGGUCAGUGGAGGUGGAGGAGGUGAGGUCAGUAGAGGUGGAGGAGUGGAGGGGGAGGAGGUGA